AGAGCUAAUAUUCAACAACAUUGCACGGCAACAUUAUGGAGCGAGCAGAUAUACCACCAGUUAUAGAAGCUGAUCACCCGAAUACAGAUACUGGAUUAAUCAAAGUUGCAGUGUAUUGGGAUAUCGAAAACAUACAAAUACCAAAAGGCGAGUCCGUUGCACGUUUCAAAGAGCUAGUUGAUGAAUUCAUGCUCACAAAACAAGAUAUAUCUGAAGAACUUAAAUAUGAGGUGGAUACUUUUGUGGCCUGCGCAGCCAAUUUUGAUCGACUGAAUGUAAAGGAAGAGGACUUUGAAAGGUUAAAGAUAAGAAUGGUUACGGUGGCACAAGAACGAAAUAGUGCAGAUAAAAAAAUUUUUGAAUUAGCUGGACAAUUUUGUAGUGAAUACAAAAACUUUGCACAAAUUUGGAUUAUUUCAAGUGAUCAAAAGCUUCUGAGAAGAGUAGUUCAAUUGGCAAGAAGACAAAUAGCGACUUUUUAUUUUAUUUUUGAAAAGGGCCUUAUAGAUAAUCUUAACAUAGUAGUACCGGAAGAUUACCGCUACUCGGUUCAAGGAAUUUGGAAACGCACAUAUACAAAAAUGCCAAUGGAAACAAUUUUAAAUGAUACAGAGCUCAUGAUGAAUCAUACGGUGGAUGUAGAAGUUCUAAAACUUGAUUUAAAGGAAAAGGUUUACAUCGUCGAUGACAUUGAAUAUUUUGGUAUGCAUGCAUUUGAAAUUAAAUUUUCGCUUGAUGCAAUAGUAGAAUAA